AUGGAAGAAUUCAUUAAUGAGCUUGUCAUCCUACCUCAGCUUAACCAUCGAAAUGUUGUGAAGAUAUUGGGACGUUGUUUAGAGACUGAGGUACCAUUACUUGUUUAUGAAUAUGUUUCUAACGACACCCACUCACAGCAUAUCCAUACAAGCAAGGAUGGCAUGUCACCAUCCAUUUCUUGGGAAAGUCGGUUGAGGAUUGCUGCCGAAACUGCAAGUGCAGUUGCAUAUUUACACUCUUCAGCUUCUAUCCCGAUUAUUCAUAGAGACAUCAAAUCUGCAAAUGUAUUAUUGGAUGAAAACUACACUGCAAAAGUUGCUCAUUUCGGAGCAUCAAGGUUAAAUUUGUUGGAUCUAAACGAAAUUGACACACUCGUUCAAGGAACCUUAGGAUAUUUGGAUCCAGAAUACUAUCAUUCUGGCCAGUUGACAGUCCUUGUAGAAAUCUUAACAGGAGAAAAACCUAUUUCUUUGGAGAGAUCCAAAGAGCAACAUAAUAUUGCAUCAUAUUUUGUUUCGUUGAUGGAAGAGAAUGAUGUGCUCCAAGUUCUUGAGACUCGGGUGGCGGCUGAAGGGAACAUAAGGCAAGUCCUUGCAGUUGCAAAACUUGCAAAGAGCUGCCUCGGCUUAAAGAGUGAAAAUAGGCCUACAAUGAAAGAAGUUUCUAUGGAGCUAGAAAGUUUGAGAAAAUUGUCAUCAUCACCAUGUCCAUCAACGGGGGAUCACUCUCGUAUACAUAAUGAAGAACAAAAAGUCUUAGUAUCUGGGCCAGCAGAUUUAUAUACAAUACCAAUAAGCUACUCCUCAAUCGGCGAUUCAGACCAGUUUAGUACAGAGAGAUGCGAAGAUGACAUUUUAUCCACGCUGAUGAUAUAA